GUGUAAGAAAUAUUUGUUUCAAGGAGUCUCUUUGGUAUGUUCCGUUGUGAAGGCGCGGUGUUUACAAACAGGGCGACCCACGUGCGGCGGCGGGCUGUCACACACCGGGGCUACACUGACCACGCCAGGGCUGCUCCCGGCCCGUGAACACAAACAGGAUGGGGAGCUAUGGGCAGAUGGAGCACACACGAGUGGAGGACAUUGGGUUCAGGAUCUACACUGCUGAGGAAAUUCGCCGCAUUUCCAUGGUGGAGAUAACCAACGAUGCGUCCCUCAAUGAGCUGGGCCACAUCAUACCCAAUGGCCUCUAUGACCUUCGGAUGGGCCCCCUCCCAGGCAAGUCAAGGGACGGGUGUGAGACAUGUGGGAAACUGUGCGCCCGCUGCCAAGGUCACUGCGGACACAUUGAGCUGCCACUGCCUGUGUACAAUCCCUUCUUCUAUGAUGUGCUCCAGAGGCUUUUGCGGGGAAUGUGCUAUGCCUGUUUCAGGUUUCAGAGUCGGAGCCAUCACGUGGUGCUCCUCAAGUACCAGCUCAAGCUCCUGGAUGCUGGCUAUGGGCACGAGGCUCUUGAGGUUGAGAACAUUGUGUCACGCAGCAUAUCGGACCCCAAGGAGGCCUCAGAGAUGCUGGGACAAAAUGAGAGACCAAAUCAAAAUGACAAAGACCGAGUGGUGAGAAUGUUAACUCUGGAGAAGACCCUCUCCUCGUACUGUGACAAGGUGAUCAACGGAGGUACAUGCAGCCCCGAGUCCUCCACCUGCAUUAUCAAAGGUCUGGAGGUUCAGGUGGUCAAGUCGUUCCUCAAGAAGUGUUCCAUGUCUGCAAAACUUUGCCUCUUCUGCCACCACCCUCGCACCAAGCUUGUCCUCCAGAAUUCACGCUUCAUCAGGGCAGGCGUGGCGGCAAAGCUGGAAAAGGAAGCUGCUGAGGACAAGCACAGGGGGCCACAGGAGGACAUACAGAUACGGGAGGAUCAGCCUAAGGAAGGGGAGACUUUGGAGGAGAUGGUGGAUGCUCAGUCGUACAUCACUUCUGAGCAGGCCAGAGACAUGUUAAGGAAGUGUUGGGAGAAGAACCAGGACCUACUGAGCGCCCUGUACCCGAUCCUGAGCACCAGCACCCUGCCUCACCCCACCGACGUCUUCUUCCUCACCACCCUCCUUGUCGUGCCUCCAAAGUUCCGUCCCUGCAACUACCGUGAUGGCGUGGUUAUAGAGCACCAGCACACUGUCAUCUUCAAGAGCAUAGUGCGUCUCAGCAAGGUCCUGCGCUUCCUGCUGUCCCUGGUGAGCGGCGCCGUGACUGAACUGCCGGAGAUGUUGGAGUACAUGGUGGCGGAGGUGGCGGGCAACACACACGUGGAGAAGAUCCAGAACGUGUGGCACCAACUCCAGAGCUACGUGGACGCCCUCUAUGACACGGAGCUCAGUCGGCUCGUCAAAACCUCCAACAAGGGCAUGAGACAGAUCAUAGAGAAGAAGGAGGGACUCUUCCGCCACAACCUCAUGGGCAAGCGCGUCAACUUCUCAGCACGCUCCGUCGCUGCACCAGACCCCAUGCUGGCUGUGGACGAGGUGGGGGUACCGAGGGACUUUGCAGUGCAGUUGUACUAUCCAGUCCCUGUGACACAGUGGAACGUGGAGCAGCUCAGACGCCUGGUGAGGAAUGGGCCAAAUGUGUACCCUGGAGCGAUAAUGGUUGAGGAUGAGGAGGGCCACCGCAAACAUCUCAGCCCCACUGAUGAGGCGCAGCGCGAGGCGGUGGCCAAGAAGCUGCUGACACCCCCGGAGUCCCACGUGCGCUGCGUCAAUGCCCACAAGAUAGUGUUUCGGCAUCUCCAGAGCGGCGACUUUGUGCUCAUGAACCGGCAGCCGACCCUCCACAGACCCAGCAUCCAGGCCCAUCGUGCGCGGGUGAUGCCCAACGACAGGGUGUUCCGCAUGCCCUACGCCAACUGCAAGGCCUACAAUGCUGACUUUGAUGGGGACGAACUCAACAUGCACUUCCCGCAGAACGAGUUAGCGCGCAGUGAGGCCCAGCACCUGGUAACCACUCAUGCCCAGUACCUCACCCCCAAGGACGGCUCCCCCCUUGCCGGUCUUAUCCAGGACUGUGUGGUGGCCAGUGUGAUGCUUACCAUGAGGGGGAAGUUCUUCAACCGCCAAGACUACCAGCAGCUCGUCUACACGGGGCUGUCCGACCACAUUGCCAAAAUCCGGGUGCUGCCGCCAGCCAUCCUCAAGCCCCAGCAGCUGUGGUCCGGGAAGCAGGUCAUCUCAACGCUCCUCCUCAACAUCAUCCCGCAGCACAAGGCCCGGCCCUCCUUCUCCUUCAAGACCUCGGUGAAAGUGGAUAUGUGGCAGACGGAGGCGCCGCGGACCUGGCAGGCUGGAGGCACGCCGGAGAGAAAGAGAGAGGCCAUGACAGACUCGGACUUUGUGAUGCGCGAUGGAGAGCUGCUUUCAGGGGUUAUUGACAAGAGUGCCAUAGGUUCAACUAGUCAUGGCCUGGUACACGUAUGCUAUGAGUUAUAUGGUGGAGUCAUUGCCUCUCGCUUGCUGACUGCAAUCAACCGGCUGUGUGUGUACUACCUCAAGUGGUGCGGCCACACCAUCAGUGUCAAAGAGUUCGUCACCCCAAAGAGUGUGAGCAAGUGGCGCCGGGAUGCUCUAGGCAACCUUAUCGAGAGGACACCCUUUGGGGUGAGCCUGAAGCUGGAUGUGACGGAGCAGGAUUUGAGGGAUCAUUUUGAGCGCUGCCACAUGUCCGGCAACGACAAGGACAUGGCGGCCAUUGAUGCCGCCUACACCGCCGCCCUCGGCCCCACCACCUCCAAUGUCACCGGGAAAAACGAGAAGCAGCUGCUGAGGCGGGGUCUGGACAACCACAUGAGGAUGAUGGUGGACACGGGGGCCAAGGGGUCCAAGGUCAACAUGAACCAGAUGGCGUCUCUGUUCGGCUCGGUGGCCAUUGACGGGAAGCGAAUGCCGCUCUCCCUCACAGGCAAGACUCUCCCGUCCUUCAAGGCGUAUGAGGUGAACCCACGCGCUGGAGGCUACAUCCCUGACAGGUUCAUGACCGGCAUCAACCCACAGUCGUACUUCUUCCUUUGUGUCGUGGGCAGGGACUCUCUCCAGCAUACCGCCGUGAAGACCGCAGACAGUGGUUACCUGCAGCGGUGCCUCAUCAAGCACCUGGAGGGCAUCCAGGUGAAGUACGACAUGACUGUCCGCAACAGUGAUGGUCUGGUGUUGCAGUUUGAGUAUGGGGAGGACGGGCUUGACGUGACGAAGGUGCCGUUCCUGAAGAGCCUGCCGACCAUGGACGUGCUGGUGCAGAACAACACUCGCCUUAUUGAGCCUCGCACCCUUGCCCUCGCCAGGUCCACCGGAGAGCCCGAUCUUGUGGAACAGUACAGAAAGAAGUUGAUCAAGAGCAAGAGGAACAAGAAUGGCAGUGUGCAGGGUGGUCAUGUGAGGCGCAGCGGCUUCCUCAGGUUCUGCAGCAAGAUGAGCGAGGAGCAGAAGCACAUCCCUGGCUACACCACCGGCCGCUCCAACACAGACGUCCACAUGCAGGAACUAUGGCUCCAGCUGACGGCCAAGGAGAGGGACAAGUACAAGAAGAAGGCCAGCAGGACUCCCGACCCCAUCAACUCAGUGUUCUCCAGUGCUUCCAACCUUAGCGUGGUGUCGGAGGCUCUUGACGCCAUGGUGGCCAAGUACUAUGACGAGGUGCACCUGCCUCAGACGCCUGCCUCGCACCGCCUCACCCGCGAACAGGUUGCCACCACUGUCCAUGUGAAGGCACUCAACUCCAUCGUCAACCCGGGCGAGGCUGUCGGGGCCCUCUGUGCUCAGGCCCUCGGGGAACCCCUCACCCAGAUGACCCUCAACACCUUCCAUUUUGCCGGCAGGGAUGAGCUCAACGUCACACUCGGUGUUCCCCGCAUGAAGGAGGUGCUGAGAACCGCCUCCAAAAUGAUCUCCACGCCCAUCAUGGAGAUUCCCUUCCUUCCGCACGUCACGAGGGGGCAAGCCGAGGCCCUGCGGCUCAAACUCUCCGAGGUGUCCCUAAGCAAGGUGCUGAAGGGCAUGACCAUCACCAAGAAGCUCCACCAGGAUGAAAAGACGAAGAAGCUGUACCACCGCUCCGUCAUCCGCCUCGCCUUCCUCCCCCAGCGAGAGUACCGCCAUGUGUGUGCUGUCACCCCUUCGCAGGUCCUGAGCUUUGUCGAGAAAGAGUUCAUCCACAAAAUGCUGUUGAAGGACAUCCACAGCGCUUUCAUGCAUAAGAGAGUCAUGAUAAAUUCUUUUAAAAGUAAAACCAGAAGGAGUAAAGCUCCUGAUGAGGGUGAAGGGCGUGAUGCAUUUGAAGAAGAAAAACAGGAAAGUGAAAUGAAGAAAGUAAGGUUUGGUAUGUCCGAUGAUGAAAAUGAUGAAGAGGAAGAAGACAAGACUGGCGGAGAUGAAGAUGUUGCUUCCUCAUCCUGGAACAAGAAGCAGAAAGAGCAAGACUAUUCCGAGAACGAAGAGGAUGAGGAGGAAGAGGAUGAGGGUUUAGCAGGCUGGGCGGAUGAUGAUGAGCCCAAGAAGGUGGAGGCUGUGGUUGAGGACGAAGGCUUUGGGGAGGAAGAAACAAAAGAAAACACAGAGGCCCCAAGCUCCAGCCUCCACAUCAGCACCAAGCGACGCAAGGGGAAGGUGUCAGAGGAGGAGUUGAAGUUCCGCCAGGAGAGGCUGCUCCUCAGGGACUCAUGGAUCAAGGAAUACAACUUUGACACAGAGAAGGAGCUGUGGUGUGAGGUGACGCUACAUCUCCCAGUGAGUCGUGGCGUCUGCGACCUCCAGUCCAUCAUGCGGCAGAGGGCAGAGCGCGCUCUUGUCCACAAUGUGCAAGGCAUCAGGCGCGUCUUUGUUGUGGAGAAGGACAACAACCUUAUGCUCAGGGCCGAAGGCGUCAACAUUCUGAAAAUGUUUGAGUUUGAACACCUGCUGGACGUGAACCGCCUCUACACCAACAACAUCCACCACGUGGCGGAGAUGUAUGGCAUCGAGGCUGCCCAGCGCUCCAUCAUCAAAGAGUUGCGCGCUGUCCAGUCAGCCUAUGACAUCCAGGUUAACUUCCGGCACCUGACCCUCCUGGCCGACUACUUCACCUGCGAGGGAGUGUACAAGGCUUGCUCCCGCCACGCCAUGGUGUCCGCUCUCUCUCCCCUCCAGAAGAUGUCCUUUGAGACUUGUACCAGCUUCCUUAAAUCAGCAGUCCUUAGAGGUGAGAAAGACAGGAUGGAAUCUCCUUCGGCCAGUGUUGCAUUUGGCCAGCCGGUCAGACUCGGCACAAAUGCGAUGCAGCUCCUACAUGCCGUGAAGGUUGGCGCCUCUUGAAAGUCCUCAUGGGGAUUAACCUCAUAGCUGGCAUUGGUGUAGUUAUUAUUCAGUAAACUGUAGAUUUAGUGUACUAAUUUGAGACCCCACCUCAAAUAACUCAAUGAGUUAUUUGAGGAUUGCUUGUGGUGUGAGUAGAAUGGAUGGAAUGAGUAAUGAGAGUGUGUACGAGCGUUUUGGAAUGUGUCGGGGGUGAAGGGAAGAAGUGUGGAGUGAUGGAAGAAGUGAAGUGACAGACUUUAAAGUGGUUUGGCCACAUGGAGCGAAUGGAGGAGAGUAAGAUGACCAGAUGGUUGUAUGUGAGUGAAAUAGAGGGAGGGAAUGUUAGAGGAUGACCUCCAGUGAAAUGGAGAGAUAUGGUGCAAGAGUACGUUAGGGAGAGGGGGGAAAGAUCUUUGAGAAACUUUGAGGAGGCAAGGAGAGAAUGUCUGGAUAGAGAAAGUUGGAAACUCUUCUGCCGUGGCCAUCCCCUGGUGGGAGCUCCUUGUAGCAGGUGUCGAUGAAAUGAUGAUGAUGAUGAUGAUGACCUUCCACGAUACUAAAAUUUCAACAAAAUCCAACCUCCAUUAUGUAAAAGUGAGUGAAAUGGACAGAGAAUGCAAAGAGUGAGAGGGGUAGAGUAUGAGAGUGAGUGAGAGGAGUUUGCAAGAGUGGGUUGAAGAGUGUAGGGUUAGUGUGUGUGGACAGAAAAAAAAGUCUUUCCCAGCACCAAAUCAAGGGUUUUACAAGCAGCAGCCAUUGAAAUACAGAGAUAGACUGAGACACCUUUUUCCAGGACUUCUGUACAGCAAGUCGUGUGAUGGGCCUUUGAAGUGAGCUUAUGCCAUCAUGAUAAAUUGUGUGGUAAAUCUUAAGUUUACUCUGUUAAUAAAUAAGAAAUAUAUACAGAAA